CCGGAAAAUGUGUUAUGUGUGACCAGGACUGGCAAUCGCAUCAAACUGAUCGACUUUGGGUUAGCCCGACGUUACAACAAGAACGACAAAUUGCAGAUACUUUUCGGUACUCCAGAGUUUGUCGCACCAGAAGUGGUCAACUUUGAAGAGGUCGGCUUCACCACUGAUAUGUGGGCUGUUGGGGUGAUCUGUUAUAUUCUUUUGUCGGGUUUGUCGCCAUUCAUGGGGGACAGCGAUUUGGAAACCAUGGCUAAUGUGACGAAAGCUGAGUUCGACUUCGACGACGAGAGCUUUGAUCCCAUCUCCGAUGAGGCCAAAGAUUUUAUAUCUCAUCUACUCGUUAAGGACAGGGACCAACGUAUGACCGCCAAACAGUGUCUGAACCACACGUGGUUGCGGGUGAGUGUCACGCCUACGCCUCCACCAGUUCCAGGUUUAGAUGAGAGCAAACUUUUUGAG